CCAUGGGCAGCUCCAGCGCCUGGUACGAUCCCCUGCCGUCUCGUUGUUCCUCUGCCCAUCCCCGCAGCCCCCGCCGCGCUUAGCCUACGUCGCGGUGGUCGGCUAGCGCUUGCGUACGUCCCGCUCCCACUGACAGCCGCCUGCAUCGCAGCCUCUGAACAGCCUCACCACCCCCGCAACCCCCCGAUCCACCCCAGAGCCGCUCCCCUGCUCUGGGCAUCCACACACCACCCUCCCCGACGCCGCACCGCCCGCGGCCGUCUCCACGAUGCCGCCCUUCAAGGUCAAGGCCGUGUAUGCGUACGAGUCGCCCCACGAGGGUGAUCUGCUCUUCCCCAACGGCCAGAUCAUAACCGUGGUCGAAGAGGAGGAUGACGAUUGGUAUCUGGGCGAGUUCGUCGACGACAGCGGCACCAAGCACGAAGGCAUCUUCCCCAAGAACUUUGUGGAGAAGUUGGAGCCCGAGCGACCCCCGCGCCCAAGCAACCGCAAAUCCAUUGUACCGGAGCAGCCCGCCGCCCAGGCAGCGCCCCCACCGCCCGCCGCUCUACAGCAAGAAGCUGCUCCGGCGCACGAGGAGCAGCCAGAGCCAGCGGCCCCCAGGGCCCAGCUGCCACCACCCGUCAAGAUCCCGGACCCAGCCAAGUCGCAGCCCUCACCACUUUCGCCGACGUCCGCACAUAGUGGCAAGGCUCAGGAAACACCACAGGAGCUCCCGCCCGCUCCGAAGCCCGUGCCCGCCGAGCCAGCCUCGGCCGGGACGCCCAAGAAAGCUCCCCCGCCAAUUGCAAAGAAAUCGGAUGCAUUCCGCGACCGGUUGGCCAUGUUCAACCAGGGCACUACCGCUCCCCAGCCGUUCAAGCCUUCUGCGCCUCCGUCCAGCUUCAUCAAGAAGCCUUUCCAGGCCGCGGCCCCGAGGCCCGAUGCCUACGUUCCUCCGCCUCGCGAAAUUCCCCAGGUCAAGACAUACCGCCGUGAGGAGGACCCUGAGAUAGCUGAACGUCAAGCGCGGGACCAGGAAAACGCUGAACGUGCAGGCCUGUCCGGCCAGAGUCCCACCGCCGGGAACGACGCCGACGAGGAAGAACAGCCCAAGGUUCUAAGUCUGAAGGAGCGCAUGGCGCUUCUGCAAAAGCAGCAGCAAGAGCAGGCCGAGCGUGCAGCUGCAUCUCACAGAGAGAAGCCCAAGCGACCACCAGUGAAAAAGAGGACCGAAUCCCAUGGCCAGACAGAUGAGCAAGAUGGAGCGUCUCUCGAAAAGGUGGCCAGCGGCGAGCCGAGAGAGCGCGGCUCCAUCGACAACGCUCGACCGCCACGUCCUCCGGCUGCCAUGAAGUCGCCUGACCUCCAUGCGAACCGCGAGCUUCUGAGCGACGCCAACGAUGCCGACCAGUCGGGUGCCGGCGAGACGGAAGAUGCCGAGGGCACCUCGACAAGUGUCGAGGACGACGAUGAGCGUUCUAGACAUAUAGCGCCCUCAAGAGCUCCCGCCGCGCCUACCAAGGAGCUAGAUGUCGGCGACGAACAAGAUGUCGAAGAAGAGGAGGAAGAGGAAGAAGAAGAAGAAGACGAGGUAGACGCUGAGACCCGGAGGAAGCAGGAGCUGCGUGAGAGAAUGGCGCGGCUGGGUGGUGGCUUCAAUCCGAUGAUGGGAGGAAUGAAUCCAUUUGGUGCUCCGAUGGGAGGUCCUUUGCCGCCAAAGAAGAAGAAGCCUUCUGAAAAGAAGUCGACGGACGACAGCGAGCAGCCAGCCGCUCCGCAGCAGCGUGUACCCAUGUUUCCGGGAAUGUUGCCCGUCAGGAGCCCUGAAGCUGAAAAUAAACAGCUUUCUGUAGAGAAGGACGAUUCUGAGUCGCACCCCAUUAGCGGCUCACACGAGCCGGAGGAGGUUCCUGAUAUUGAGGAUUUGACGUCUCGGCAACUGCAGCGAACUCCAACCGCCGAGCAGCCACCGCCCAUCCCAACUGAGCGACGGCCUGUGCCACCUCCAGUCCCCAGUGCCGAGUACGCCGGUGCUCCACCCGUGCCUACUUCAUCUCGACCUGUACCUCCUCAUCCUCCAAUUCGCUCGCCUAGUCCUGGGUCUGAGUCUGGGGAUGAAAUCUCAGAUGCACCUCCCCAAUCGGCGACAUCUCCUAAAAUGUCGUCAGCUAUGCACCCUUCGAAGCGGAGCUCUUACCCUGCAUCAGACGAGCUUUCCGGAGAUUCGCCUGAUAGGCGCGCCAUACCGCCCAUCCCCAUGGGAAGCCCACCAUUUUAUCCUCCAGGAGCAGGUCGUCCUCCCCCGCCUCCGCCACCAACAGGCGCUCCUCCAUCUCGACAGCAGACAAUGGACAGCAUUGUGAAGAAGGUGGAUCGUGAGGGCGAAACCGACUAUGAAGGCGAUUACGACACCGACAUUGCAUCAGGUGCCACCCACAAAGAUGCCCUGAAGUCGCACGCUAGAGAGGUCAGCAUUGGCGACAGCACAUUGGCCGGUGAUGACACACCUGUUCGUUCACCUGUCACACCUUCAGCCCCUCCGCCUUUGCCUCCAUCGGCGCCUCGUGCUGUUCCACCUCCACCACCGCAGCAGCCCCCUACCCGAGCUUCAAUGGAUGCGCCUCGAGCAGCACCACCGCUGCCGCCAGUGCCCCCGCCUACUCGGGAUGUGUACGACGACGAUGAUUAUGAUCCGUACAAGUACACCGCGUCACCUCAUCGGGGAGCACCACCUCCAGCACCGAGGGGAGCACCGCCACCACCGACAGCACGCCCACCGCCCCCCUCGAUGCCACCACUACCCCCAUCGAUCCCGCCUGUUCCACCACAGCAAGAUGUCGAGUCCGAGGAUGAGGACGAUUUGUAUGCGCCUCCUCCCAGGAAAUCGCACGACCGUCCACCACCACCGCCGCCGCAGGUACCUCCGCCUCAGCACGCACCUCCACCUCCUCUUGGUGUAGACCGGACUGCACCAGCACCCCCUCACGAUCGUGCUGCACCACCUCCGCCGCCGCCCGAGCCAUCUCAGCCACCACGGCCCUCAAUGGGACGGAAAUCGCUGGAUGUUAAUCGUUCAAUGCAGGGCCGUGCUUCAAUGGACCAGUCCCGCCCAUCGGCGAGCCAGGAGUUCAUUGCCAGCGAUCUCGACCUCGGGAUGGCGAGCCACUGGUGGACCCAGCCGAACAUGCCGCCCCCUUCGGUCCAAGGACGGAAGGACGUCCUCUUCGAUUUGGAUGAAUCUCGCUCCGGCAACUCCAUAGAGAAAGCUGUCUUCGUUCUGUACAUGGACUACUCCCAAACCAUCAUCACGGCGCGCUUCCAAGCCAACGACGUAUCAAACGUGCAAUUAAACCAGCGCCAUGAGCCGCCGCCGCCCCGCCUGCGCCAAGACCAGCUGGAAGCCGCACACGAGCGCUUCGGCCAGCGCAUUGCCAAGGACGUCGAGACAAAGCAAAACACCGUCGUCGGCAACGGCACGCCCCACGGGCUCAUCGACGAGCUCCUCCGGCCCUAUACAGAUGCCUUGAAACCCGUCGGCACGCGCGCCUUUGGCGCCCUCGUCUACGCCAACCUUGCCAACGCGAGCACCCAGCAGUACGACGAGAUCCGGCCCGGCGACAUUGUGAGUUUGCGCAACGCGCGCUUCCAGGGCAAGCAUGGCGCCAUGCACGCCAAGUAUAGCGUUGAUGUGGGGAAGCCGGAUCAUGUGGGUGUGGUUGUCGAGUGGGAUGGGAAGAAGCGGAAGGUGCGGGUUUGGGAGCAGGGAAGGGAGAGUAAGAAGGUUAAGCCAGAGAGCUUUCGGAUGGAGGACUUGAGGAGUGGGGAGGUGAGGGUGUGGAGGGUUAUGGGGAGGAGCUGGGUUGGGUGGUCGUAGAUGAGAUGAGGAGUGGUCCGACCGGUGAGUGUGAAUAGCAUAGAAUAGCCGCGUAGGAAGAGAAGGGUGGAGGACGUGGUCGAAGACGUGUCGAAGACGUGGGAUGGUACAGUGUAGUCAUAGGGCUUUGGGGUAGUGUAUAAAUUUCGUCAAU